CGCUACGAAAAGGCGCACACAUGCCAUGCCUCGAACCAGAGUUCGACGGUGCUGCGGAGUUCUUGGUGGAAUCGCUUGAAGACUUUGGUGCGAUUUUUGCGGACCCGAUUUACGAGAGCGUUGUGGUUCCGGAUGAGGAGAGCUUUUUGAAGAGGGGCGAGAGCAUGGUAUUUGUUGGGGAGGAGGAGAUGAAGUGGGUUGAUGGGAAGGCGGCGGAGGGGGUUGUGUUGAAGUAGCCUGGAAGGAGGAGGUUGAUGCAGGGUGAGGGGAGGGCCGUCGUACGAAUUGGUUAUAUCUUCUGUCGGCCCUGCAACAUCCAUCCCCUGGCUACCUAUGUUCGUUCUGUACCAUAAUAGGAAGGAGUAAUGCUUGGCGAUGUCCACAAUGACACGUUCAUCGUCGUAUCUGAUCCCACAAUUGCCAAUGCGUUAGACUCCCAAGGGUCACUCCAGAAAGCUCGGUCACAUGCUGCACGAGCAGCGCACGCACGUAAACGAAUAGCACGGACAGCUGAAUACAAUGCACGCAAGCCAAUUGAGGCCACAUUGGCCUAUCGCCAAGAUCAACAUGGAAACACCCGCGAGCUGGUAACAAGGCUGCAGCUGCAAACUGCGCCCAGCCCGCUCGGCAUAAUGUGUGCGGACCGUCGUGAUCCCUUCAAUAGCGUCGCAGCUCAUCUGAGUCACAUCGAGUACUUCUUACUAGAUCACUAUGCUCAAGUCGUCGUCCCCACCCUUAACAUCCAAUGCCGGAGCCUAAAAAACCUAGGUGAAAGCGCAGAGCGCAUGUUACGAGAGUGGGUGCAUCUGGCUCUCACAGAUGCUGUAGUCCUGCAGGGCGUCCUUCUCGCUGCAUGUCGUCAUCUAAUUGGGCGGGGGUAUCAAGCGUGGAAGUUCGAAGAACUGGCUGCGGGGUACAAGGUCAGGUGUGUAAGGGAUGUUAUUGAUGCCAUCGAGAGCAAGGAUAUGGAUAUGGAUGUCACGUUUGCUAAGAUCUUCACGCUGGCGAAUGAUGAGAUCUGGCUUGGGAAUUUAGACAUGUUCAGACGACAUGCGGCAGGUGCAAUCAAAAUGGUCGUCCUCCACGGUGGGCCGGAACGUUUGGGCUUGAAUGGGUACCUGAACAGCUUGUUCAAGAUUGUGCUUGACAAGGACCAUGCGCUACGGGGUGAUCCCAGGGCAUGUACCGGUUUUGACAGGAUCAAUCGAGGAGUAUGUCUAUCUGCCAAUUAGCUAAGAUACCGUACGAGAGAAUCUAUACUACCAUGUAAGAGCUUCGGAAUUAUUGGUCGUGCCAAGAUGUGCGCUUUCCUCAUUUGUACACUUCAUACACAAUAGUCCUAUAUUGCACCUUUCUUUAGUCCGCCCCGCUUGCAUGUCCAACAGCAUUUGUAAGAUUUUGU